UCACAAGCUACGAACGACGACGAAUCGAUGAGAAAGACCGCUGAAGGGGUCUAGCAGCAUCCAAGAUGAUGGUAUACGGCCCUUAAUCAUAUCACGUCAGUACAGCGCCCUCCUCGAUACCUUGUGCGACGACCGAUUCAAAUCUCCAAUGCGCCACUCGCUCUCACUACCGCAAUGCCCCUCCCGAAGCUCAGUCCGCUUCAGUCGAGGCUUGCGGCCUCACUUAUAGCAUCUGCGAUGUUAGUGAUACUAUACUUUGCAAUUUCAUGGCCGCAUUUCGCAUAUGCCGCGGGGGUGGACUCGAUACGACCGGAGGAUCACAACCACGAAAGAUUACUAGAAAGACCAUAUCUAGAUCUCGAUCACGAAGAACUUGACCUUAGAGGGGUGAGCUACGAGGCAGAGUUCAUCGGUUUUGAUAGAGGGAUCAUUGGGAGAGCGACCACAGAUCCGACAGCUCUGAUCAACAAUGUUGCUGUUACGACGAAUAUCCCACAAGGACAAGUGAUGUCCUACAUGUUUACCAAUGCUUCUCUUUGGGCGAACAAAUCACCAGCAACAUCUGGUCUGCCGUCUCCAAUACAGCUUCAGGGCAGAAGUUUCAUUCCUUAUGGCGACGAUUUGGAUACUAGCGAGGAGGAUGAGGAUGAGGAUGAGGAGGACGAGGACGAGCAAGACCCAGAAUUGAGACUUAGACCCCGACAGUCGACGACCGCAAGUCAGAGAACAUUAUACAUCACCGUUACCACAUGUACUCAACCUUCCUCAAAUACUACAACAGAGCUACCUCCUCAACUCCAGCUAUACGUUUCGCAGUCACAGAACAACACCAACCCUGGGCCAUCACAGGAUUCAGGUUCACAGACCAUGAUGGAGCUGGUUAAUGGAUAUGCACUUUAUGAAAUGAACGCCACUGGCGAUGUUUUCAUGGGGAUCUAUGCAAAGAACGAUUCAACCUUGAGCGGAACUUAUAACGCUCAGAUAGCUGCCUCGAUCGAUGCACCAUACCACUAUUACUGGAACAGCUCCGAUCCCAACCUUUUCACAGUUGACAGUGAUUCCAAUGCCGCUCUUCUUUUCACUGAUCCCUUGAUUUCCAAUUCCUCGAAUACUACGCUUUACGAGGAGUGGAUGGAUAUUAUACCACCGUUUCAGAUAUUUGCCAGUGAUACGGACUCUACCUCUAUUAUGGGACUUCAGAAUUCCUACUGUGGUCUGCAGACCAAUGCUCAGAUUGUUGCGAGUAGAGCAGGACAAACUUCAACUCAGAUUGUUACCGGCAUGACCGACAUUGGAAGCGGCACAUUACCCAAACAGCAAUUCUACGUCACGGGCCUGAGUGCUGGCAAGAGUUACAAUGUUGCUUUGGCAAUGAAUGGCAAUUCAACUGCUUCAGGGGACGGAGUGGUUGGAGGUGGAGGCCAAGUCUUUCAUAUGACUAGUUUUUCUACAUUGCAAAGUGAUAACUGCGCAGUGAUAUAUGGCCUUUCAUUCUGCGAUCAAGUUGCCUAUUCUGUUCCGGCAAACCCCAACAACUUCCCAAACAUGAGCAGUCUAGCAGCUUAUUACGACAACGCUACACUGUACAACUAUGGGUUCUUUGAGAAAGCGCGCGCUCAGACACCAUGUGAUACCACCGCAUCUGCUCAAUACUCCCUAGCUCGAAACUGCUCGGACUGUGAUGCUGCUUAUAAGCAGUGGCUCUGUUCAGUCGGUAUUCCUCGUUGCACCGACUUUUCUUCUACACUUUCCUGGCUACAACCUCGAGCGCAAGGACAACCUUUUCCCAACGGCACAUUUCUCGACCCCGCCACGUUAGCAUACGUGAACAACUCAGCUGCUCUUAACGGCUCUCGCAACGCAUCUAUUGACCAGAAUGUCGUUCCGGGACCGUACAAGGAGGUCCUACCUUGUGAGGACCUGUGCUACAAUCUUGUGCAGAGCUGCCCGGCAGCAUUGGGCUUCGAAUGUCCUCAGCCUGGUAACAUCGGCUUCAAUGAGAGUUACGGACUCAAGCCGAUCGGAGGAGCGGACAUCAAUGGUCGGAUCACAAACCUCACCUGUAACUUUCCGGGAGUUGUGUACUAUUUAUCGACCGGCAGUCAGGCACUGCCGUCGCAUAUACUGGCGAUUGCGAGCUUUCUGGCGUUAGGCUCGCUGUUGAUAUGAGGGAGGACGGAGGAUGAAUUUAUGAGAUAGCGGUUAUGCAUUGGGCGGCGUGUGAGUGGGCAGGCGUUUGUUUAUUGAUGACGGUUCGUUGGUGGAUGUCUAGGAUGCAGGAGAAAGGAGGCGUGGGAUUUUGACCUCUUCGGACUUUGGAGAUAGAAAGGGACUGCAGAUACGAAGGGUUGUAUCUUUUAUGCCAGGCUACAUAGUGAAUCAUAUUACUGCAGAAACAUACC